AUGAGAAAGCUAAUAGAUUCAAACAAGGAUUAUAAAAUCAAUGGAUUAAACUUUCAACCAAAUUCAAACAACAAAGUACCUUCAUCAAAUGCAUUACUGAAAAAAUUGGCAAAACAAUUUACUUAUAAUACAAAACAUAUAAUCCCUCGAAUAUUAUGGCAAACUUAUAAAGUUGAUUUAAAUGAUCAAUCAAUGCACGAAAAGUACAAAAUUUAUCAUAAUACUUUUACUAACGAAUCUCCAAAUCAUCAAUUCCACGUCUUGUCUGAUCAACAAUGUGAUGAAUUGAUUGCUAGGCUAUAUAAAGAUUUUCCAGAUAUUUUAAAAGCUUAUAAUGUUUUACCUAGAAUCAUUUUAAAAGCAGAUUUCUUUAGAUAUUUGAUUUUAUUCGCUGAAGGCGGUAUUUAUUCAGAUAUAGAUACUGUUUCAUUAAAGCCAUUAAAAGAUUGGCCAAGCUAUCAAGAGAAAUAUCUAAAUAAGACAAUUAACAUUGGUUUAACUGUUGGAGUAGAAGCUGAUCCUAAUAGAGAAGAUUGGGCAGAUUGGUAUGCUCGUCCUCUUCAAUUUUGUCAAUGGACUUUUCAACUGCAAAAAGGUCAUCCAAUGUUAAGAGAAUUAAUAACUAAUAUAACUAUAACUACUUUGAAUAGAGAAUCCACAGGUCAAUUGAAGGCUGUUUUCGAUACCAAGGACCCCAAAAAUGAUAUUUUAAAUUGGACUGGACCUGGUAUUUUCACUGAUUAUAUAUUUAACUACUUAAAUUCAAUGUUUAAGAGGAAGAAUGAUGUCAAUUUUUUUGAUUUACAAUUUUUUACUGGGAUGAAACAACCAAUAGUAAUUAAUGACGUUAUGAUCUUAAGUCUUUCUGCUUUUGCAUCAGGUGGUAAGCAUAAUUCAGAUUCAUUAACUGAUCAUGAAUUUGCAGGUUCCUGGAAAAAUGCAAUAGAUGUGGAAAAUACAAAUUAA